UCCAGCUGUGUCCAUGUCGACCCAAAUGGACCAAACCCCAAACCCCAACUCCAUCCCAACCAAGAAACGAACCCCCAGGAAGAGGCUCCGAGCUUGCACCAACCACAGCUAUGAGCUCACCACGUUUUGCGAACCGGGUCGCCCGAUUAGUCCAACCGGCCCAUUCCGGGACAACGUUUUCGUGUUUCUUCAACAAUGUGCGGAGCUCACCGACUUCACAGUUCAAGGCAUGAGUGUUUGGUUCACUCUUCUUCGUAGCCGUGAGUGUUUGGUUCCUCUUUUUACUAUUGAAGAGAACGUGAACACCUCUAAAACCGAGUUCUGUGAUCACUGCUUGUCAACUGAUUGGAGUAACCAUUUUGUGUCGAAGAGAAAGUACCACAUGAUAAUUCCCAAGGAUGAUUGUUGGACUAAGCCUCUAGAUGAUAGUGUCUUGGAAGGCACAACGCAUCUGUUACAUGGUAUGAUUCACUGUGAUGGGAUUGGGCAUUUGCUAUGCAUUAAUGGACUUAAAGGGGGUUCUAAGCAUCUUUGUGGCAGGGAGAUCAUGGAUCUUUGGGAUCGGAUUUGCACAAAUCUUAGAACCAGGAAAAUCACAGUUGAAGAUUUCUCAAAGAAGCGGUCCAUGGAACUUCGACUGCUUCAUGGGAUUGCUUAUGGACAUCCUUGGUUCGGUAGAUGGGGAUACAGGUUUUGCCAUGGAAGCUUUGGGGUUGCAGAAGAAACAUAUGAAAGAGCACUUGAUAUUCUCAGCUCAAUAGAGCUUGAAAAGAUCAUCCAAGAUUUUAGUGACAUGGAAGAGUGUGAAGAGCUUAAGAGAGUCAUUCAUUGCUACAAACAUUGGAGCGAAUCAAGCUUGGUUACAAUCAAAGAUCUUCUCAAAUUUAUGCUCACUGUCAAGGCUGGCUGUCCUGUGAAAAGAAAAGUCAGAAAACCGAAACCGCCUACUACUACUACUCUUUCAUCCCUCCGGAUCAAGUCCAAGCUGUUUGCUGAUGUUAUUUCUCACGACCCCGGCAGACAUCCUGCAAGAAGACUAAAGAUGGCCGCAGAUGCGAUUGUGCAUGUAUUGAGAGAAAAUGAAAAGAAAGGCUUUGUGAAUGGUGAGAUGGCCAGGCAAGAUGUAAGAGAUGCAGCUCUGUUGCAUAGUAGAAGAAGAGGGUUGCCUAUCAGAGAUAUAGGUUUGUUGGAUAAUGUGCUGAGCAAGCUGGACAAUGUGAUUAUUGGGAAUCACAUUGUCUGCCGCAAGCUGCAUGCGAUGCCUGGAAUUAAGACUGGAAUUAGGAAAUAUACCGUUCAUGAUCUUCUCGAUGGAAUCAAGUCCUUGGAACCUGAGAAAGAGUUACUUCUUCCAUCACAAGCUCUAGUUCCUGAUGUUUACAGUGAUGUUCUUUACUUGUACAAGAAUGUACUGUUGGGAUAUCCAGAAUCCAAGUUGGUACAAUUGGCUACUCAAGUGGUGUUGAACACCAAGUACUUUGUAAAGGAAUAUCGAUUUGGGGAUAAGGAUGAGCAAGAGCAGUGCCUUGACAUUCCUUUGCCAAGUAUGACUGAUAGUGCUAAUCCUGCUGAAUCAGGAAUCUAAGAGUGCACAAGGUAUCGCAACAUAAACACUGCAGUGGAAUGGAGGAUGCUGAUGAACUUCGCGUAAAACUGAAACUGCUCUUAGAUAUUCGACUGUUCUACUUUACUGCAUUUUGAUCUGCAUUGUUGGAGUACUAUUGCAAAUUGUUGCAAACUGACU